AUGCCCAUUUACAAGGGGGGCUGCUACUGCGGUGAGGUCAAGUACACCAUUGACGUGUCACCGGACGAUGCUCGCACUUCUCUCUGCCACUGCAAGAACUGCAAGAAAUUCUUUGGAACAGCAUUCGGAUUGACAACAAAAGUCCCAGUCUCCUCCUUUUCUUAUACUUCCGAGUCUAAAAAGCCUACAAUACACGAAGCAGAUAAUGGGAGUGGCACAACUCUGCACCGAGAGUUCUGCCCGACAUGCGGAAGCGGUAUCUUGGAGGUCGGUGCAGCGGCAAUGAAGGACUUUCGAUAUAUCAUGACAGGGACGCUGGAUCACCCUGGCGAUUUGCCGCCAAAAGGCGAAUUCUGGUGCAAGAGGCGCGAGAAGUGGAUGCCAGAAGUACCGGGUAUAUUUCACAAGCAGGAGAUCAAAGAUUGA